AGGUCCGUGAACGUGGAUUCAAUCCGCGUGGUGUUUCCGUACAAGCACCGGUUCGCGGACGCGGUGCAAGGCGACUUCGUGUCGCUGUUCAAGUGGGUGAAGCUGGUGCACGCCAUCAAGAAGAAACCCUUCACUGCUGAGAGUCCGCUGCCCAGCGACUUGCAUAUCAAGAUUCAAGAAAUCUUAAUCGAAAUGAGUGACGAUCCAUUUGAAGUGAAACUGCGUGACAACUACGAGCUUUUAGAGGACGAGUACAAGGAAAGUCAAAAGAGACGGACUAUGCUUGAUGCUAAGGUGCAAGAACUGUGCAAGCCCCACCUAUUCUUACCCGCGGGUAAGGUCGAGGAGCUAUACUCGGCCUUACGUCAGAAGGACGCACAGAUCUACGUGCAGCGUUGCCGAGCCGCGCCGCCGCCACGCACUCGGCUUGUGGCUUGUUGCCUUAGUGGCUUCAGGCUUAUAGCAUUAGCUGACCCUUCCAUACAUGGAGCACAGAACGCGCAGGCGAAGAUGAGAGAUAUUGAUUUUGACAGCCCGUGGCCCGAGGACGGCAUGGAGUUCACGACUCUGUGGGCGCGCGGCGUGCAGCUGGGCGUGGCGCAGUGGCAGCUGCUGCUGCGGGACUUCCCGCAGCCGCUGCUCAGCUGCCGCGGCCUGCGCAUGUGGGGCACCGUGGCCGCCGCCGAGGACCAGCCGCCGCCUAGAGCUGUCCGCACGGUGACAAUAGACCAGGGCGCGCCGUGGGGCCCGUACGAGCUGGAGCGUAGCAUGAUGCCGCUCAAGUGGUACUAUGACCUGUGCUGUGAGAUGGCUCAGUACAGCUACGCCUUCGGGCCCUGUUGGGAACCGGUCAUCGCGCACUGCAACCUGUCUUUCGACCAAGUGUCCCGGCCCUCCCUGGACCCCUCCGCGCCUCUGGCCUGGUGGGACAAGGUCCGGCUGCUCAUGCACGGGCGGCUGACGGCCAACAUCGCGCGCUUCACGUGCCUGCUGCACGUGUCGCUGGACCCCUACAACACCACCGAGGAGAUGGAGCUCACGUGGAGCGACCUGGUGCUGGACUGGACCAACGGCAAGCUCGGCUUCCUCGGCGAGCUGAACGUGUUCGUGCGCACAGCGAGCAAGUACGACGAUUGCCGCGUAUUACGCGUGCCGGCGCUGCGGCUGUGCGCCAAGCUCGGCUGGCAGUGCGUCGGCGACCCGCGCGACCACCACGCGCAGGCGCCCUGCGCACCCACGCGGUUGCCCGAGUACUCUAGUAACCAGGAACACGACUCAUACCGCGCAUUCCGGUCUCAAGGGCUAGAUAUCCAUUUGAGUAUGGAGACAAAGCCCAUAGACAGGGAUGGACCUGUGCUGCUGCUUUACGGGAGCACUUUAAGAUGGUUCGAGAGCUUGAAGUUGAUUCUAUCCGGCGUGACGCGGCCUACACGGCGCGGGCGCGUGUUCAACAAUGUGCGCCCGCGCAAGCCGCAACUGUCGCGUCACUACCGCAACGUCAGCGUGUCGCUCACGCUGCACAACCUGCAGGUGUUCUACUGGUCAUCAUCAUCCAUGCAGCGAGGCAUCGAGAUGCUCGGCGUCCGCGUAACAUGCGGCUCCAAACACCGGUUGACUCUAGUCCCGGCCUCCGACGGCUUACUGCGGCGUCCCCGAGCUAACUGGACCACGGUGUAUAUGAACUGUGAUUUAAAUGACGCGGAGAUCUGGCUGAAGACCACCGCUGCGGUGGCUGAGGACAAGGAUAAUGAUGCGAACUCGUCAGUCCUCCGCCCGCCAGAAGUGGAGAAGUGGUACUGCGUGUCAGUGCGGCGCGUGUCUUACGGGCGCGAGGCGGCGGGCGCGGGCGCGGGCAGCGCCACGCACCGGCUGGCCGUGCACGACCUGCGCGGCGCCUGGACCAAGCUCAACCGCGACCUCGCCUUCGCGCUUAUUGACACCUACAUAAAGACGCAGCAACUGAAGAAAAAUCUGUCGACCAAAGCUUUAAAAGAAGAAGAGAAGCCGAACUCUUCCCCGAAGAGAGAAGCAGAUGUAGUGUCUCCACCGCCGUCCAAUGCUCAGUGCCAGUCCGCCAACACAUCGGGCGCGGGCGAGGGCGCGGGCGGGAUGUUAGCCGCCCUAGUGGCGGAGGCGGGCGGCGAGGCGCCCGUCGUGUUCAGCGACGAGCUGAGCGGCGACGCGCCCGCGCACCCGCCGCCGCACGCGCACCACAAGCAGCUGGACGACGACACGGCGCACACCGCCUUCCUCAUCGAGCUGGUGAAUUCCCAAGUGGUCCUGAAGGGGUGCGAGACGCGCGGCUACGUGUUGCUGUGCGCAGCGCGCGCCGAAGUGCGCCAGCGCGUGCGCCGCUCGCCGCCCGCCACCGCCUGGUGCGGCGCGCUCUCCGCCAUGCAGUACUACGCCACCGUCAGCGCCGCCCUCGGCGACCAGCUCGACGAGAAUAUACAAUGGGUGUCAGUAGAAGAAAUAUCCGAACGAUGGGCGGGAACAGAGAUCAGUACAUUGCCGGACGUGCCGCGCCUGGUGGGCAGCGGCCACUCCGCGGGCGGCGUCAUCGGGAGGACUGUCGGGCCCAGCGCCGACACUGGUCUAGCGCAGCUGCAAAGGAUAGUGUCGCGCUGCGCAUGCGAGUUCUACUACGCGUCGCACGAGGAGGUGGAGCAGUGCUCGUCCACCGACGCCUGGGGCGCGUCCAGCCAGCCCUACGACUCCUUCAUGCUGAUGCACCACGACCUCGACGUGUGCACCAACUCGCUGCAGGUCAGUGCGCGUCUACCUUACAGCUGCGAAGGAUACCUCCGCCGAAUUCUAUUUUUCACGUACAUACUCGCGGCGGCGAGGCCCCGUGGUGUCCAGCGACGAGCUGAGCGGCACAAGCACCAGAAGCAGCUCGACCACGACACGGCGCACACCGCCUUCCUCAUCGAGCUGGUGAACUCCCAAGUGGUCCUGAAGGGGUGCGAGACGCGCGGCUACGUGUUGCUGUGCGCAGCGCGCGCCGAAGUGCGCCAGCGAGUGCGCCGCUCGCCGCCCGCCACCGCCUGGUGCGGCGCGCUCUCCGCCAUGCAGUACUACGCCACCGUCAGCGCCGCCCUCGGCGACCAGCUCGACGAGAAUAUACAAUGGGUGUCAGUAGAAGAAAUAUCCGAGCGAUGGGCAGGAACAGAGAUCAGUACAUUGCCGGACGUGCCGCGCCUGGUGGGCAGCGGCCACUCCGCGGGCGGCGUCAUCGGGAGAACCGUGGGGCCCAGCGCCGACACUGGCCUUGCACAGCUGCAAAGGAUAGUGUCGCGCUGCGCGUGCGAGUUCUACUACGCGUCGCACGAGGAGGUGGAGCAGUGCUCGUCCACCGACGCCUGGGGCGCGUCCAGCCAGCCCUACGACUCCUUCAUGCUGAUGCACCACGACCUCGACGUGUGCACCAACUCGCUGCAGUACGCGAUGCUCCUGGACGUGGUGAACAACGUGGUGCUGCACGUGGAGCCGGAGCGGCGGCGCACGCUGGAGCGGCGCGCGCGCAUGCGCUUCCAGCUGCAGCUGCACCGCGACGCCGACCCGCGCCAGCUCAUACACAAGCUGCAGACGCAGGUGAGGGAAUCCUUGGCGAGGCUACGGCGGCUUGAGAAGGAGUACUACCUCAAGAACCGGUCCAUCACCGGGGAUGACCCGGUCGCCUUCGAGGAGCUUAAGAGCCUCGACAAUCAAGUGAACGAAUGCAAAGAAGUGGUGAGAGAAUCCUUGGCGAGGCUACGGCGGCUUGAGAAGGAGUACUACCUCAAGAACCGGUCCAUCACCGGGGAUGACCCGGUCGCCUUCGAGGAGCUUAAGAGCCUUGAUAAUCAAACAGCCUGUGCAAUGAUCAUGCGCGUGCGCAGGUACACCAAGACAUCCCGGUCGGAUGAUUCCGUGGAACACCAGCUCGAAGUUGGUUACGUGCGAGUGACCAACCUGCUGCCCAAUGAACCAUUCCCAGAGGUGUUAGUACCGCAAGCGCCGUCAGGGCGAGCGCCACUAGCGCGCCGCGCGGCGCUGCGUGUGUUUUGCCGCGACCGCCCGCCGGUGGGCGGCAUCGCUGUCAAGGAGCACUUCGAGGUCAACAUCGUGCCCAUAAGGAUCGCACGUAGGUCGCGGUCGAUGCUGACGUGCUUGAACCGACCAGCACGUUACACAGCGGGCCCCGGGGCCGCCGCGCCGCACCGCUACAACGAGAUAUGCUUCAAGUCCGCCAGGUGGCGCCUUACGGAUGCUGACGGACAGCUGGGGAUCGCUGACCUGCUGCUGACUAACUUCUUAUACACCAAGACAUCCCGGUCGGAUGAUUCCGUGGAACAUCAGCUCGAAGUUGGUUACGUGCGAGUCACCAACUUGCUGCCUAAUGAACCAUUCCCAGAGGUGUUAGUUCCGCAAGCGCCAUCAGGGAGAGCGCCACUAGCGCGCCGCGCGGCGCUGCGUGUGUUCUGCCGCGACCGCCCGCCGGUGGGCGGCAUCGCUGUCAAGGAACACUUCGAGGUCAACAUCGUGCCCAUACGGAUCGGCCUAACCAAGAAGUUCUUCAACACAAUGCUGAAGUUCUGCUUUCCUGAACGCGACCCGGAAUCCAUCGAAGACGGCGACGACGAGGAGGGCGCGCGCUCCGGGCUGGUGCCCGCCGGCUCCAAGAAGGCCAAGAAGAAGCCCAAGGACUCCAACUCCAACUUCUACGUCAAGAGGGACAAGAAGGACAAAGACGAUGUUGAGAAGAUGAAGGAACGCGCAGAAAAGAACAAACUGUUCAUCUACAUCAAGAUUCCCGAGGUGCCCGUGCGCGUAUCUUACAAGGGCAGCAAAGAAAAGAAUCUAGAAGACGUCAGGGACCUACCCUUGGUGCUGCCCACUCUGGAGUAUCACAACGUCACGUGGACGUGGCUUGACCUGCUGCUGGCCACCAAGAGCGACACAAGGAGGGUGAUCCUGUCGCAAGCAAUCCGGCAGAAACUACAGCUGCACAGACGAGCCGCCGCCGCGCCCGAGCCCCACGAGGAAGACAAGGCCCGCCUGCUACUGGGAGAGAGGACCGUGAGUGACCAUACCUCUUAAUAAUAGCGAGGGAGGUGCGUGGACCUCUGAUAGUCAAUACAGAGCGUGAUCCUGUCGCAAGCGGUCCGUCAGAAGCUGCAGCUGCAUAGACGAGCCGCAUGAGACGGAAAAGGCCCGCCUACUGCUACUGUGAGAGAGGACCGUUAGUG